AUGGCCAGAGAAGGCGGCGAGAGGUGCCCGGCUGAUGCCCUGCGGAGCCGGCGGCACUCCGCACUUCCUUUUUGUUUUGUUCUGUUUUUCCUGGGACGGGUAUCGGGACGUGGGCGGAGAAAGCCCCGCCGCCGCCGCCAGACUAGCGCAAUAGGACCGCCCCCAUCGCUGGCUAAUGGGAGGCUGCGGAGGAGGAGAGGCGAGCGAGGGAGAGGGAGAAAGAGCAGGGGAAAGGCGGAUCAGCGCCGUGGGGCUUCCCGCAGAGGGGGCGGAGUGGAGCGGAGCCGGCGCCGGGCGCUUUCGUUCCUGCGAGGGCGGGAAUGCCUCUGUCCGGCCGUUCGCGUGGGGCGGCGGCAGCGGCGUGGAGCGGAGCAGAGCGGAGGAUCGUUUCCUGCACCCCUUCAGUCGCGUACGGACAGGGUGCCGGGAGGCGGCUGCGGGAAGAGCAGCGCUCCCAAUUCCGGGUCAAGCGCGCUGCGUGGCCUCGGAUGCCCAUCCAUAAAAUGGGGGCACGAGCCAAGAGGGCCGGUCCCGGGUGUUAGUGGAUCCUGCGCAAGGUGCCUUUUGAAGGAGCGCCCCCAGCCCCAUGAGGCGCAUCACCGAGACCGGGAGAGCAAGCAACAAAAUAUUACUUCCCAUUGUCCUGAAUUUAUUAAAAUCAGCCUUUGCAAACCCCUGACUCCGAGAAGGAUCACAAGAAAAACAGUUUUGGCCCAGCUGAUCUGGCUUGAAUGCAGAGCUCUGGCAAGUUCAAGAGUAUAUGUUUAUAGGAGACACGACUCACAGGCGCAAUCAUACUUCUCAAUUGAAGGUGAAAAUGGUUUGAAAAAGACCGCUGGCUGAUACAUACUCAGGAAGGUCAAAUGUCAAAAGCCCCCUGUGCUUGUGACUUCAUAAAAGGAGCCCGGUGGGCAUCUGGCACUGCUGCUGGCUGACCUUGUGGUUAUGGGGCUUUCCCCAGCCCUGCCUCUGCCUCCUCCUGCUCCUCCUCUGCUCCAUGGAUGGAGAACCCCAUGGCAGAACUUGCCCCGCUUCCAAGGAAUAUAACCCAACAAAGAGUCCAUGGCUUAAAUAUCAGCCACUUUCUACCUUACAACUUUUGCCCCCUUUUUUUAAACUAUUUUGUCUAACUCCAAAUCUGCAUGCUACUUGGUUGGAUAAUAAAAGGAUCACACUGAUA